GCCAGCGGGACGCAAUGCGACAGCCCGUGGUCCGGCUGGUGCUACUGGGUCGGAUGCGUUACACCGAGCUGCUGGCACUGCAGGAGAGCUGGUUGCGGCGGCUGCAGGCCGAGCCAAGCACCGAGGCCCUUUCUGGGACUGAGGCGGGCGCGCUCCUGGUCUGUGAGCCCGCGGGGCCCGUGUACACCGCCGGGCUGCGCGGCGGCCUGACGCCCGAGGAGGUGACGCGGCUGCAAGGCUUGGGCGCCGAGGUGCACACGACAGGCCGCGGCGGGCUGGCCACCUUCCACGGCCCGGGCCAACUGCUCUGCCAUCCAGUGCUCGACCUGCGGCGCCUCGGCCUGCGCCUGCGCACCCAUGUGGCCGCGCUGGAGGCGUGCGCGGUACGCCUGUGCGAGCUUCAGGGCCUGCCCGGCGCCCGCGCGCGGCCGCCACCCUACACUGGGGUCUGGCUGGGCGGGCGCAAGAUCUGCGCGAUCGGAGUCCGCUGUGGAAGGCACAUUACAUCUCAUGGCCUGGCUCUGAACUGUUCGACGGACCUCACGUGGUUUGAGCACAUUGUGCCAUGCGGGCUGGUUGGGACUGGCGUUACUUCCCUGAGUAAAGAACUCCUGAGGCAGACCACUGUGGAUGAAGUAUUGCCGUCUUUCUUUGAGGCCUUUAAAGAGACUUACAAGUGCACGUUGUUCUCAGAGGACAGCCCCAACUGAAAGGCAUUCAUAUUGUCAUAGCUGGAAGUUCAUGGCUUGGAAGCACCAUGCCUAACUCGGAGUCACUAAAACCCAGAUUCUAGACCUGACCUCGUUAUGCACUCGCCGCCGGCAUAUUGUGAACUCUGUAUCAUUAAGACAUGCUUCUUGCUUUAUUUAUAUCUUUUAGAUAUAGACCUAAAAGCUGUGCAUGUUAUAUAAAUUGAAGGCCUCAGUGCCGCUACUGACACUAUUUUCACAAUUAAUAGAAAUCCAGAUGUAAUUUCUCAUUUAUUUAUUACUUCCUUAAUAUACUGUAUUUAAUUGGGCAAUUGUGGGCUCCAGUUCUUUGAUUUUAUAGGAAUCUAGCAGUCCAGGUGAAGGUGAUGUGAUUGUGGUACUUUUUCAUUCUCAAGAGACCUGGGUGCUUUCUACAAUAAAGGGAAAGAUCUCUUAAACAAUAAAAUGGGAUCCUGUCUUCCUUGGCUGGACUCCCCAAGAUUAAUGGCUGUUUUUAGUUAGGUAACCUGAGAUAUGCCUAAGAUUGGGGGAAAGGGAAUAAUCAUUUCUCAAACUGUACAAAUGCAAGAGAUAGAAGUAAGCUUUCUUAUAUGAAAUCUCUUAAGUUUACAAGGCCAUGUACUAGUUACCUAUUGUAUCACUCUAAAACUGAAUGACUUUAACCAAGCAUUUAUCAUCUAUAUUCUGUAGGUCAGGAAUUUGAAAGACACUUAGCGGGGUGAUUCUACGUCAAGGUCUCUCAUGAGUUAUAGUGAAGAUGUCCAGUGUGUG